CAUCUGCAACUAUGCGGAAGAAUUCGGAAUUCCACAACCUGCAGCUCCGCGUGGGAGAGACGAUACGGCACCGAUAUACCUACACAGCGGUACAACGAAAAUGAACAUUUAUAAGCUGUACAAAGCAAGCUGUCAAGAGGCUGGCGUGCGUUUCGUCGAAAAAAGCUCCUCUCAGUCAAUAUGGAGUGCCUGCAUCCCACAUAUAAAGGUUGCCUCCGCUAGAGACGAUGUGUACGCGACCUCGGAGAAGCUGCGAAGAAAAAUAUGAAUUCGGUAUCGGAAGAGGACAAACUAGCUUCCACUGAAGAAAUGCAUAGUCAUAUUGUUUUGGCACAAAAAGAAAGAGACCUUUACAACAGUCUUCUUAAAAAAGCAAAAGAAACGUCACAUUUAUGUUCAGCUGAACGAUCAAACAACUUCACGUUUGAUUUCGCGCAAAGUGUAGGUAUACCGCACCAGGCACGACAGAUGUGGCCAUUGCAUUUCGCAUCGUUAAGAAAAGUCCACAUGUUUGGAAUGAGAAUUGAUGGACAAUCAUGUCAAUUAAAUUUUCUCAUCGACGAAAAUGAGAGCAUCGGUGCAGAUGGAACUAAUGCCCAGGGACCAAACGCUGUCAUCUCGAUGAUAGACUACGUGCUCAACACCAAUGGAUGCGAUGAUCUCUCGUGCACAAUACACGCCGAUUAUUGUUCGGGUCAAAACAAAAAUCAGUUUGUGCGUGGGUACUUCGCAUGGCGAGUCCUGACACGGCGCCUGACACUUCAAUCGAAUAUAUGAUGCAGGUUCCGGGUCAUUCACGAUGUUUGGUAGAUAGUGGGUUCGCCCAUAUCAAAAAUCUGUACAGGUAAUAAACCUUAUCGUUGUUAUAAGUUAACAUUUAUUAUAUUAAUAACGAUUACUUAAAUAUGUUACUAUUAGAAAAACACAUAGUAUUUUUACAAGUUUUAUUUGUAACAUAAAUAUACA